AUGGACCUGAUUGAGAAAAAUGUCACGGGCGAAAAAUUAAGUGAAAGACUGAAAAUGAACAGGAAAAGAAGUUUACUUGUGCCAGUUGUGGCAAAGAAAAAGAAAAAUAUUACAACUGACCUACGGCAGAGGGCAAAAAAUAUUGUUCCGCUGAGUGCUGAAAUAAAGGUGAAG